GUGAUCAUCGUUUCCGUAACUGCGGGUGUGGCCGUACUCGGCGCUAUUGCUAGCUAUCUGGGUCGUCGGAGAACCCCGAGGCCACAGCAGCGAAGACUUCGGAAACCAGGUGGCCGAAAAACUCGAAACAGCGUUCGAAGUCCUAACGAUAUUAUCUCACUCGCGGGAUCUAAGGCGUCCGCUCGAUCGUACAGUCCCGGUGGAUCCAUCAUCCAUGGCGUAUCGGAUCGUAUGUCAUUGGCUUCCGGUUCGCUGGCCGGAGGAGGUGCUGGGGCCAAUGCCGGAUCGAUUAUCGGGGCAUCGACACCGCUCACUCCGCAACAGCUUGGGGUAAUGGGAAUGGAAGCGCUGGAAACGGUCAUCAGCUAUUGGGAAGACGCUCUAACGGAUCGGGGCGGCGUGGAUUUGCCCUCAAGAAUCACUGCCGAUCAGGAAGAAUUUUGCCGAGAGUUGCAAAAUUUGUUGGACGCAGCGUACAAUCUACAGGAGCAGGGAGAGUUGCUGUUCUUGGAUGAGCGAUCGGUCCUGUUUCGAGAUGACGAGAAAAAAUCGGCGGCAGCUGGCGGAAGUCUUUCCAACGGCCACCGAUCCAGCUCGGAUCCAAACUUCGACUCCGCCGAGAGCUUUGCGUCUGCCUUGGAUCAGGUUGCCGAUCUUCGGGAGUUCGAAGACUACGGUGAAGUCUUUUCCGACGUGGAAAACUACCCUCUCUAUCAGAGUGCCCUGGAGCUGUUGGACGAUCAACCCAUUCCCUGCCGAACCAUCCGAACCGAUAUGGUCGGGUGCAAUUCGGACGCGGAAUACUACGCGAAACUGCAUUGCAUUCGACUUGCCUUCCAGUUACUAUUUAAGGAUCCAAAGAACUGCCGCUGGGUCGCGGACACCGGCCGCCAGGUGCUGACCGACUUGCUCUGCCUGGGCGACAAGGACCCGAAAGACUUCCUCGUGGCGUACGAAUCCAUGCUGGAGUUCCUCCAGAACCAGGACAACUGGCAGGACAUCGAGCUGGAGCUGGAAUCCCGGAACGUCAAGGCCAUGACCUUCUACGACAUUGUGCUCGAUUUCAUCAUUCUGGACGCCUUCCGGGAUUUGGACUCUCCGCCGAACAGUGUCCUCGCGGUCAUCCAGAACCGAUUCCUGUCGAAUAGCUUUAAGGAGACGGCUUUGACCACGGCCGUGUGGUCCGUGCUGAAGGCCAAGAAACGGAUGCUGAAGUUCCCCAAUGGGUUCAUGUCGCACUUUUACUGCGUCACCGAGCAGUUGUCGCCUCUGAUGGUCUGGGGAUUCUUCGGACCGGACGAGGACCUCAAGGAGGUGUGUAAAUACUUCAAAGAACAAAUGGUUAGCUUUAUGGUGGACAUCUACAACUUCCAAAAGUGCCGGUACACUACGGUGGAAGAGCUGGCAGAGGACAUUCUGUCCAUCAUGAAGCUCAGGGUGAACAACAUAGGCGUCAAGUUCAAUCAGUAAGAGAGGUUGAAACUGAUACAUAGUAAGAAGAUCAAUCGAAUUGUGCUAAAGUUGCUGCUUAUGGUUCUGUUUUUGUUCGAUUUGAACGAAUUUUAUUUCUUUCGUUUAGCAAACGAAGUCUUAAAUCGUGGGGAAAGGGUAUUUUUACGAUAGAAACCAACAUUGCUUCAAAAAGACAUAAUUGAGGACUACUAAAUUUAUCUGAUUGGAUAGGGCGUUCGUAAUUUUUGUUGCUAUUCAGCCACUUCGCAGAUUGUAGAUAACACUUAGUAAUAGAGACCGAGAGAGUAUAUAGGAUUUUUUUCUGUUAAAAUUUUA